CGUGGGGCAGGCGGCUCUUUGGGGGGCAGCAGUCGCUCAGCACAGACAACAACAACAACAACAACAACAACACAAGACCCCGAUUCUCAGCAAAGCAACAACAAAGCUGGAAAUUGUGCUUUGUUCUUUGUUGGUUUUUUUUGCUUGUUGUUCCUGCUGAGGCUGCCAAUUCUGCGGAUUGCGUCAAAGAAUCGCAGGGUUUCAGCGAUGCGCACUUUACUCAAGUCGGCCGCGGGCAUGUCGCUGCUCUUCCUGUGCCUCUGUCUGCUCGCGACAGUUUCGUCGACGGUCGCUCAGUCGUCCGAUUGCGACACGGCCCCUCUUUUGGCCGGCCCGUCCGGGCAGGUCUCGUAUGUUGGAAGCGUUGGAUCAAGAACUCUGACUCGUUGCAGCGGCGGGAGCUUUGAUUUAAAUUUCAUUCUUCAGUGGAAGUUCAUUGCUCCCUCGGCUGGUCAAUUGGUUGUAAGCACCAUGGACCUCACCUCGGCCGACACAAUUCUUCAAAUUGGAACGAGUUGUUCCAACUCGACCCAUUUGCCUGGAAACUGCUUGGCGUACAGCGACGAUUACAGCGGUUCCAGGCAGUCUCAAAUCACCCUCAGCGUGAAUGAAGGAGUCGUGUACUACAUUUCUCUGGGAGCCUAUUCUUCAACGGUGGCCCUUGGCACCUCCUCUAUGAGCGUGACCUUCACCUGCCCCGCUGACACCACUCGAGCAACUCUCCUCUUUGAAUCCGCCUGCGUUUCGUGUGCAGCCGGCACCUAUGUUCCAUCAAGCAACGCAGUGGGCACCUGCGAGGAACGCCGGUGCUUGCCUGGCACGACAGACCACGAUUCGAUUCCUGCCACAGCGUGCGUUGCUUGUGGCGCUGGAACCGACACUUCCUCGUUCGGAUUGGCCGGUCCCUGCAGCCAGUAUGCCGUGCCAGCAGGCAAAAUGUACGACCACGACAGCAACUCUUCGACCGCUGCAAUCCCGUGUUCGGUUUGCACUCCCGGCUCCUUUAACACCACCGGAUGCUCGAGCACGGCAAACACUGUCUGCCCGGCUUGCACGCCGGUGGUCAACUGCACCUCUGGGUUGACGUGCACUGCGGCCGAUAACUCACGGUGUGGUGUCUGCAUGGCCACCACGUAUGCCAACCACACUUACACGACUGCUGACCGGUGCCUGCCAUGCCGGCCCGUGGCAGGAUGCGCGUACUCUGACGUUGCUUGCACAUCUGGUGCGUCAAGCACGUGCUCUACGCAAUCGUCCGGAGGCUCGGGAAGCACGACUGCGAUCGUCGCAGCAGUUGUUGCUGUUGCUGGCGUGGGUCUGGCUGUGUUGGUCGGCGUGAUGUUGUGGCGUCGCCGCCGUCAGCGUCACCUGCUGCAAAAGCCCCCGCCGUACACGCCCUCGGCAGAUAUGGGGGAAGCGUCUGAAAUGGCCAUGCUCGGCAACCCGUUGGCCUUGGCUACAACUGAAGCCAGCCCUGCGUCGUACGAUACCAAACCGCCCAUCUACGCCCAGCGUGCGACACGCAUUCCUGCCAAUCUUCCUUCAAUCACCAAGCCGGCGAGUCUUCCGGCCACGCCUCCAACGGGCCAUCGGGAGCUUCAGGACCCGGACGACCUGUACUCGGAUCUCGUGCUUCCAAACCCUGCUCGAGAAGGGCACACAGAGUACGCCGACAUGCGGCGGAUAGAUCCGUCCGCUGCUCAAGAGCCAAUCUACAGCGAUCCGACCCCGAAGGGCAAAGCCAGCAGCAAUCCGCCAGAACCAGUGUACAGCAGACCUGGAGAGCAGGCGUACGAUUACGGCACAUCGCCACCAACUGCUGGUGUAUAUUAUACAAAUGUCGAGUUUGACGGGGCCCCGCAGUAGGCGCCUUUUUUGUUUCUGUUGGUGUUGUUGCUGUUGUUGGUUUUUUUGUUGGCUUGUUUUGGCCUCGUGCCUUCUUCUACCUCCAGCACUCGCCGCCCCUGUCAUGUAUUCUUUACCUUAAUAAUGAAUUUGAAUUUGGUGCAAAA